CCUGAAUCCUGACCCACUCCUCAUCUACACCAUAUUGAUGUAGAUAGCCGAUCUCGCUUUCAGGGCAACAGAUUCCCUGCUAUCUUCCAUCAUGCCCAAAACACGACGACUCCUUCGAAGGGAAAUUACUUAUGCAUCCGCCAAGGAGGAGGAACAUAAUAUACUUCAUCAGCUGUCUUACUAUGACAAGCAGAAUAAGUUCUUUGCUCAUCUCAGUGCUCACCAGAGCUGGAUCAAAGGCGUUGUCGCACAUCAUCUCAACUUAAGCUCUCCAGAUGCUUGUCAGGUGUCCAAGGUGGAAGAUUGGUUACAUGGUAGCUUCAACGUUUGUAUCCCCAUCACUGCCAGCAGUCGAGGUGCAAAGCCCAUGGUUCUUCGACUUCCUCUCCCAUACAGGAUUGGCGAGGAUUUUAUGCCAGGGAAUGGAGAUGAGAAGGUUAGAUGCGAGGCAGGGACUUAUGCAUGGCUCCAAGAGAAUUGUCCGGAUGUGCCAAUUCCAGAAUUGUAUGGAUUUGGCCUUUCGACCGGUGAAGCUUUCACUCACGCUGAAAAACUGCCGCUUCUACACAGGUGGAUUCAUGCGAUCCGCUGUCGCGUUCUCUCAUGGCUAGGCUGCCAAACCCCGUCUACAUAUGUUCCGCACCACGUCAAAGGCGAGCAGGCCAUUCACUCCAGCUAUCUACUUCUCGAAUACAUCCUACCAAGCCGGGGAAGUAUGCUGUCGAACACGUGGGCAGAUAGGCAACACGAUGUUAAACUGCGAACAACCUUUUUCCGCAGUAUUUCCCGCAUUCUCUUGAGCAUUAGCCAAGUUCCGGUUCCUAGAAUUGGCUCGUUUGUUAUCGACCACAGAGGGUAUCUGGUCCUAGCAAAUCGGCCACUUUCGAUUGAAAUUCAACAGCUUGAGAAUGAACAAAUACCGACUGGCAUACAUCGUGAUUAUACAUACUCAACUGUUGACUCGUAUGUGUCAGAUGUCCUCUCAUUCCAUGAUAAUCGCUUCCUGUUUCAGCCAAAUGCAGUGAAUGACCUUGGAGACUCUGUGUUCCAGCUGUCCUCACUUUCUGCGAUGAGAACAAUAUCUAAAUCAUUCUUUAAGAGGGAACUUGGCCGAGGGCCUUUUGUUCUCUCUCUAACAGAUCUUCAUCAGAGCAACAUAUUUGUCGAUGAUGACUGGAAUGUAACUUGUCUGUUGGACUUGGAGUGGGCUUGCUCUUUGCCAAUUGAGAUGAUUAGGCCCUUUCAUUGGCUAACCAAUUUGGGCGUCGAUCAGCUGGUGCCAGCUGAGUACGACAAAGUCCGGACAGAAUUUAUGGACGCUCUAAAAAUCGAGGAGAAAGCAUUGUUGACAUCAAACCAUGACUCGCCCCUUCUAUCAGACAUUAUGGAUAGGACGUGGGCAACAGGGACAUUUUGGUAUACAUUGGCUCUCUCCAGCCCCUCUGGUCUUUUCACUAUUUUUCAGCGACAUAUACGACCGCUAUUUUGCGCAAAUAAUCUCGAAGAAUUCCAUUUGAUCAUGCCCUUUCUGUGGGGAAGGAAUGUGGGCCGUAUCGCAUAUCAGAAGGUAUCUGACAAGGAGGAGUACGACAGGAAACUUGAACAGGAGUUUAAGGAUGAGGAUGAGCUCCAGACAUCAUUCCCUGCUGAUAGGAGUUCCUAGGAUGGCCCUUGUCCUCUAUCUACCUGGUUUUUCUCGCGCUUCUCCCGAGCGGCUGCACCUGAAGAGCUGAGUUGCUGGAGAGUUUUGACAUC